AGUCUAAAUAUUUAUAGUAUACAUCAACCACUUUACAUGUACCAAAUUUAAGUGAAAGAUUAGCUUAUUGUUUUCUUCUUAUUGAAAGAUGUCUAAGCCAAAUGUAAGAAGAUAUGCAAUAGAGAAACGCAAUAGAGAGAAGGAGCCAAUUAUUAGCAAUAAUUAUGGGAGUAACUUGUUUUAUUUAUCCAAACACUUGAAGAAAGUUUACCCAAUUGAGCUUCACAAAACUUGCUCACACACUUUAAUAAAUGAUUCUUCUCAAUUGGAUAAGAAAAAAAGAGAAAUUCCAGCCAGCAAUAUUGUUGUUCCACAAGUUAGUCCUAAUGAGAAAGAGCUUAUGAGGUGCAGCUGGAUUACUAAUAGCACUGAUAAGGUUUAUGUGCAGUUCCAUGAUGAAUGCUGGGGUGUUCCAGUUUAUGAUGACCAUCGAUUGUUUGAGCUACUUUCUUUGGCUGGCUUGUUGAUGGAUUUCAACUGGACUGAAAUUUUAAAGAUAAGGGAACAAAUAAGGGAAGACUUUGUUGGAUUCAAUGCAAAGCAAGUGGCUGAAAUGGGGGAGAGAGAGAUUAAUGAAUUGGUCUCUAAUGCGUCCCUCAUGUUGGCUGAAAAUAGAGUUAGAUCAAUAGUCGACAACGCCAAAUGCAUAGUCAAGAUUGGGGUGGAAUUUGGAUCUUUGAGCUGCUACAUGUGGAACCAUAUGAAUUAUAAACCAGUAAUAAACAGAUUUAGAAAUGCAAGAAAUGUUCCACUAAGAAGUCCAAAAGCAGAAAUUAUUAGCAAAGAUUUGGUGAAGAGAGGAUUGAGGCAUGUUAGUCCAGUGAUUGUAAAUUCAUUCAUGCAAGCUGCUGGAAUGACUAUUGAUCAUUUGAUUUAUUGCUUUAGACAUGAGGAAUGUGUUAAUCUUGCUGAAAGACCUUGGAGGCAUGUUUAAUUUGAAACAUAUAACUCUCUUAAA